AUGCAAUUACACAAUUACGAUUUGAGGCAAUCCAUCCGAAUAUUUAAAGAGGUCAGUCGGACAAAUCUAGACGGAGGAAGAUCAAAGGCUGUUAAAGCAAUCAUUGAUUUCAUUCGGCUCUUAGAAUCUUACGAGGCUUCAGCACAAUUUUCUUCACGAGGGAGCAAAAGAGUAUGGAUAUAUGGAAAAGAUAAGCGCCAGCCCGUUGCAGAGCAGCCGGCAGCUGCUGCCGCAGUGGCAACGUCACCUAUAGCACUAGCGCUUCCACCAGGAAGCGGCAGGAAGGCCUCCGCGCUGUCUCGGGCGAAGAGGCAGCGCGCUUUUUUCGCCGUUUCGCUGCUGGAGGGCUUCUGCUACAUCAAAGCCCUCCUCCUUGGCCAGGAAAAGAAGAUGACUGCGAGAAAUGAGAAGGAAGCAGCCGAAGCCGAUCUGUGGACAUACAAGAUGCAGGUGGAUGCCGCCAAUGCAACAGAGGAUGCCAAGAAGAAACUCAACAAAACCGCUUAGCAUCGGAGGCAGAGGAGGAGGAGGACCUUCGAGUCGAAUGUAGUCGUACAUGACACCUUGCAAGGGACCAGUAGCCAUCGUCUGCGACAAGAAAAUCGUGUUUUCCCCAGGGAUGAGCAGGUUCGCUGGUACUUGUACACUGAAAAGCCGGUAGAGUCCAUGAAUCCCAUGUCUUGCUAUCGCAUUGUCCUUCCCGAUGACCCCUGUCGAGAACAAUGCCGGGCUUGCCUCCCUCUCAUUGACCCUCACCUGAAUUUUGAGUAAAUUGGAAAAGAUUAGGCUGAGAAAUGCUUCACUUGUAGUUUCGACUUAUGUCAAAGUGUGAGGAUAUUCGCAUUAUCUUGAUGAAUAAUAGAUUAAUCGCGGAUGGCUUUCAUACUUCCAA